AUGCUCAAUAGGCUGGAAGAUGAUACAUAUGUGUAUCGGUGGAAAAUCAACCAUUACUACCCUUUCCAAGAUGAAGAUGAAUGGGAGUUAGGGAAGUUCAUGGUUGAAAACCUCACCCAGACCCAAAUGAUCGAGUUUCUGAGGCUGAAAUGGUUCAACAGUCCUCGUGAAAAACCAUCUUUCACUAUGAAAGAUCAACUAUUAGACUGGAUGGACUCACUCCCUUGUUUUAUGGAGUGGAAGGCCUCUAAAAUGGAAUUUUCAGGCUACAAAACAAUCCAUCCCAUCAAGCUCAUCUGGCAUGAUGCGCUAGAAGUUGUCAAACAACUCUUCAGCGAUCCAACCUUUGCAAACCACAUGACCUAUACUCCACAUGACCAUCUCCCUGUAGGUGCAACUCAAGUGCUGAUAAUCUUGGGAUCCGAUAAGACUCAUGUAACGCAAAUCACCGGAGGACUUGAAAUGCACCCAGUCUUCCUAACUAUCAGCAACAUUGAUUCAGAUAUUCGCUCCAAAGCAACCUUGCGAGCUUGGCAGUGUAUUGCUUACAUGCCAAUCGCAAAGUUCCAUGUCCAUCCAGACUAUCAAAGCAUUCUCCAGGUGUGGUUAUGGCAUAAGUGCAUGGACCUCAUUCUUGCCAACCUUAAGGCCACUGCAUUAGAUGGAUGUUUCAUGCCUGACCCUUCCAGAUACAUUUGCUAUGUUUUUACACCCCUCAUUGCUCAUGUAUGUGACCUACCAGAGGCCUCUAUGAUUGCCGCAGUCACGAAAAAUGCAUCCCCCCUGACCAUGGCGGUGCAAGGAGAUUUUGGCAAUGGGACACUUCACCCCCCUCGUACUGGGAAGCAUACACUACAAUGCAUUGUCAACAUCUCCUGCAAAGUUGAUCCUUGGGAUCUUGACAAGUUCCAGAAGGCAGCCAAGGCUGUUAACCUGUCUGGAGUUCACAUGCCAUACUGGCGUGACUGGAUUUACACAUGUCCGUCCAUCUCCCUCGCCAGUGAAAUACUGCAUACAUGCUUUAACUUUUUUGCUGAUCAUCCACUCCAAUGGACCAAGGAGGCUGUAGGAGCUCACAAGCUUGAUAACCACUUCAUUGUCCAGCACAAGCGGGUUGGCACGCGCCACUUCACAAAAGGUGUCACACACGUCAAGCAAAUGACGGGUCACGAGUACAGAGAAAUACAAUGCACUAUUGUUGCCUUGAUUGCAGGUACCGCUUCACCCCAGUUUGUUCAUGCAAUACGUGCCAUUGUGGAGUUCAUCUACCUUGCGCAGAACUCAGUUCACUCACCUGAAACACUUCAGUCAAUGGAGCAGGCUCUUUCAGACUUUCACGUUUGCAAGGGUGCUAUUAUCGAGGCCGAAGCAAGGAAGGGGAAGAAAGGUGUCAAAGAGGAUUUUUUUAUUCCCAAACUUGAGCUAUUGCAAAGCUUUAAGGGUACUGUCCAGCGACUAGGCACUUUGAUGCAAUUCUCAGCUGAUACAACAGAACACUUGCUGAUCACACAUUGUAAGGAUCUUUUCUCGCAGACAGCUCGGCAAAGCAAAAAUUUUACGGAACAGUGCGAAUCUAUGGAGAUUUUUGACCUGUACAUGCUGUUGAGUUCUCAUGGGGUAUCAUUGGUCAAUGCCAUGCAUGCUGAGGAGGAGGAGGUUGCAAUUACUAAUCCUGCACUCAUUCAAGGUAUCCUCUCUGGAGAUGCACAGACCACUUUUCAGGUCAAUAUCACUCCAGACUACAAAUCACUGUCACUGGCUGAAAUAUGCAUAAAAUACGCACUCCCUGACUUUGAUCGUUCCCUCGUUGACUUUGUUGCUUGGUCAUCACUGUCUAGUGGCAAACAUACUCGCUGGGACCCCAAAUAUGGGCGUUACCAGGUGUGGAACAAGUUUCAGCUCCAGCUUCACUCAGCCUUUCAGCAACGCGUCAUUAUGCCAAGCAGGGUGGUGCAAGCAUACCCCCCAAGCAAUGAUUUCCCCCUCGGCAAUUGCAACACCGUUCUCACUGACACCAUGGGCAUCAAUGGCAAAAUGACAAGUUACAUCACACAAGUUCGAGUCAUUUUUCAGCCGGUUGUUCAACGAGGUUCUAACCUGGAACUGCCAUCGUAUCUCUCCGACCCACUUCUCUAUGUCCAAUUCUUCCGCUUCAUCUCCAGCCCUGAUGAGCAUCCCAAACUCGCUAUGUGGACUGUGGAGCAUGCAUACAUGCAGGAUCAAAAUGGUAACCAGUAUAGGGAGGGGGCUGCCAUACGAGUGGUAGAUGUAAUGCAUGCAGUUGAACUGAUACCUGUUUAUGGUGAGGCAGUAGCCGAUGGCAUGUCCUCUGCAAUUUGCUUAGAACACUAUGAGUGUUUCUUUUUGAAUAACUUUGCGGACAAGGAGAGUUAUCAUGCAUUCAGUACCGAGUUUGUAUAG